AUGAAGCCCGUAAAGGCCGAACGUUCGGAUGUGCCGAUGGCCUAUUUGCAUAGCCGUUUAGAAGACACUCAAGUGCUCGACGCGAGUUUAUCCAUAAUUCCCGAAUUAAGGAUUGACUCAUUCGAUUCCGGACGAGAGCGGCCGCGGCACGAACCGCGUGUAAAUGUUUACGCCUCGCGCCUGCUACCACUCAUCGUUUUGACAGGUCACACGGACGUACGGGCAGACAGAGCACCGUACAUUGCUCGCGUCGCGGGAACUAUAAUCGUCUCUACCCGCACCGUACAGAAUCGAGACUGCUCUGUAGGUCGCUAG